AUGGUGUCAAGCGACAUAGGUCCUGUCGAUCUGCCGACAUUUCACAUUCCGAGUUUUCUAAAGACACCACACAAUGCGCGUCUUUACCAGGAGGUGCAGCAGCUGAAGAAACUCAUCAAUGAGCUCGUGGACUACCAGACCGCGCACCCGCGAAAUGAGCAGGCCUCCGCAGAAAGUGAGAAGCAGAUCAAGACCGAAAUUGAGAAGAAGGAGAAGUAUAUCAGGGCGCAACUCUCAAUCAUAAAGACCUUGUACCGACAGAGCGUACUGCGCGUGCGCGAGGAGAAAGCAAACACUGCAGAUGUUAAGGCGGUGAACGAUGCAUUGAUAUUGGGGCUACACAAUCUCAAGUACGAGGAGCAGUCACUGCGGUCUGAGAUCUCGGCUGCAGAGAACUAUGACCAUAAAUAUAUGAAACUACCACUUAUACCCAUCGAGGAGUUCUUCGAGGAAUUCCCUGAGCACAAAGACCUGUCCGAACACGACCUCAUGACGGCACGCAUCGAGCACGAACACCAAGUCCGCCUCAAGCUGGAGGAGAGGAGACAAGAGAAGCUCAAGCAGAAGCAGAAGCUCAUUGCGGAGGUCAAGAAGGGCAAAGACGAUCUCACAAAACUUGACACCAUGGUUGAGAAGUUUAUCGAGGCCGCUGAGCCCAUCAAGAGGGUGCUUGCUACAGAGUAG